AUGACAAAUUGCGCAUUGACUGCACCAUUUCUCAUGAAUCAAGUCCUUGCAUUUGCUGCACUACACAUGAGUAUCAUUCGCCCGGAGAAGCAGGAGUUCUACAGAAAUCACGCAUCCCAGCUCCAAACACAUGCUCUUUCCGAGUUUAAUGGAACCAAACUGGACAUUAACGCUGAAACUUGCCUCCCGACUUUUUUUUUCUCGUCGGUUCUUGCCAUGCACGUCCUCUCAGACAAAUUGUUAUAUCGCCCACACAAUUUUGAGGUUUUCCUCGAUCACUUUAUCCAGUCAUUACGGAUGCAUCACGGGGUUCGCGCAAUCACCGGCCAAUUCUGGGAUGUGCUUCUAGAGUCGCCUCUAAAAUCCUUCCUGGAAGGCGAAGGCAAGGCACUAGACCAAGGCUCCUCCGGACACGAGUGCCUUGAACUCCUGUCACACGUUGACGCCAUGCCUUUCGAUACAAUUACCGGGGAUGCUUACCGAAGGGCGAUUGAGCACCUACAGAAGGCUUUUGAUGCAAGCCGCGCUGACUCGUUGAGAUUGUCAACAAUUGGCCCAAUAAUCUUUUGGCCAGUCACCAUUACCCCCAAAUACAUAGAUCUACUGUCGGAACGUCGACCGGAAGCACUAGUCAUCCUCUCUCACUUCGGUGUUCUUAUCCAUAGUCGCCGUGACCUGUGGAUAUUGGGAGACAGCGGCCUAUAUAUCAUCUCUGCAAUCAAGGACUACUUAGGGCCUUCGUGGGAAUCUUGGUUGCAUUAUCCAAAUUCAUUUAUUUGA